UAGACACAUAUAUUUUACUGAGAAAAAGACAAAGUAGAUUAUAAUGAGAUUUUCUAUUCGUCAAAAAUAUUGUUGCAUGUAGUUAGUUGUACGUGACAUAUAAAUUGUGUCUAUUAAUGUUUAAUGGUAGAAUACAAAUAAUAAUUAAUUGACUAAUUAAUAAGAUUAAUAUAUAGUUGAUUAUACAAAAGUUAUAAUAUAAAAUGAUAAAGGAGAAUUUAAUUAACUCAAAUCUAAUUGAUUUUUAAUACUUGAAACCAAGUGUAAAUGGAAAAGUAAUAAAUAAUCCUAAAACAUCAUGUCAAAACGAUGGUUAGGAAUAAGCACUCACUUUUCUUCUAAUUCUUAUUUGUUCAAUUUUAAAAAAAUUUUCGAAAUGUUAUUCUCAUCAUUCAUCAAUUCACCGUUAAAAUGUUUAUUCAUGAUAUUAUUUUUAAUUGGUGCUACCUAUGUAUGCUAUUUAUGGAGUGCAAAACUUAAUGAAAUAAAUAAUCCAGUAUUUGUUAUUAAUUAUGCAUCUAUUGAUAAUCCAUUCAAUGAGUUACGAUGUCGCAGAUUAAAAUAUACACAAGUUGGUCACGUGAAAACGCCUAAUAAAGCAUUAUUUUGGCCACAGAUACAAUAUAAAUAUACAUUAUCUCAAUCAAUAGAUUUUAUUUCACCGAAUUCGUCACUGAAAAAUUUCAUUCCACAACAAAUAUUUGGAUCAUUUUACACUAAGUAUAAUGCCACAAAAAUAAAUAGUUAUGCUGUAUCAAGUAAUAGUUUAAGAUAUAUUAUUGAUAAGAAAAAUCACACUAUCAAUUAUACUACACCAAUUAUAUGGUCUCCAUUAGGUUGUUUACCUAGCCUGUCAUCGGCUAUAAUUAUUCCUUAUCGUAAAAGAGAACAACAUUUACGAGUGUUAACAGAUCAUUUACAUGGAUUUUUACGACAUCAAAGAAUACCAUAUACCAUUUUUAUUAUUGAACAGACCGGUGAAACGAAAUUUAAUCGUGGUGCUUUAUUAAAUGCUGGUUUUCUUGAAGUUUCCAAAUUCAAAGAAUAUGACUGUUUCAUUUUACAUGAUGUAGAUAAACUACCAGAAGAUGAUCGAAUUAUUUAUACAUGUGGACCAAAUCCAACACAUUUGUCAGCUUCAUUAAGUACUUUUAACUACAAAUUAAUUUAUCAAAGAUUUUUUGGUGGUGUUGUUACAUUCACUCGUGAUCAAUAUCUUAAAAUUAAUGGUUUUUCAAAUUUAUAUGAAGGAUGGGGUGGUGAAGAUGAUGAUCUUUUAUUACGUGUUGAACAAUCUGGUUAUAAUUUAAGUCGAAUCAAUUUAUUGAUUGGUCGUUAUUAUGCAAUGAGUCAUAAGACAGAUGAAUUAAAUGAAGAGAAUCCAGAUCGCAGCGCUGUCGCAAGACAUCACCUUGACACAGGACACGAAGUCGAUAUACUGAAGUCCUUCAGGGUGAUCAACAAACAAUCAAAUUCAAACCUUUUGAAAUUCGCCGAAGCAAUAGCAAUCAAACGUUUAAAACCAGAUCUUUGUAUACAAAAAGAAACAAUAAUAAAUCUUUCUUUGCCCUGGUAACAUUCACCCCACCCCCUUUUAUUUUAUGCAUUUUUUAUUACGUCAUUUCAACACUUUCUGAAUUUUAUAAUUACAUCAUUCAUAACUGACCAAUUUCAAUUCAUAUCUCUCUUUAUUAACAUUAAUCUAUUUUCAGUUACUUCAUUACAUAAUCGUCUAAUGUGUUUUAAUUCCAUGAUUUCUAAUCACUAUUUCAAUUUUCUGGAACCUUCCCUCCCAAACUCUAUAUAUUCGAAACAAAAAAUUUUAUGACCUCAAUCACUCUAACGAAAUCUUUACCACAUUAUGUUACAUAUAUUCAUCCUUCAUCGCCCUCUGUUGUAUAAGUAUGUCAAUAUCUAUAAUAACGUUGAAUUUCAAAUAUUUUAGGUUGUAAGCAGCUGAUGAGAAUCUAACGAAAUAAAAUGAAUUCAUAUUAUUCUGCACCAACCUUUGUUCUUACUCCCUUUAAAAUAAUAAAGUGAACUAUGUUUUCAAGUUGUUGAAUACUUCAGAGCGUCGAUUUAAAAGCGAUGGAUUGAACAGCUUGAAGUAUAAUGUAACUCAGUCGAAAUCAAUGUACAAUGGCCUACUUUAUUGGAUUUCCAUUAAUAUACAUCCUAACAAACAGAAUUAAUUUGAUAUAAAAAUUUGGAAACUUUUCUGUACACUUGAAAGAAAGAGAAUAAACAAAAUUAGGAUAUAAGAAACAUUUGAUACCGAAGUUUGUCGAUAACCCUGAUACAUUUACUGACAGUGAAAAUUUUUACCAGUGGUCAUUCAACAAGUACAUUUU